GCCGCAAGUGCCGUUCUUGCUGGGAGGAGGCUGCUUGAGCAUCCGCAUCUUCGAAGGACCCAAUUUGACAGCAGCAGGCGCUUGAUUUUGUCCAACUUCGGGGGACAUCCAGGGCGGCCUGCAGAGAAGAGCAUGCGUCUGUCGCUCAGAUCUAUCGCUCAUAUUCCCCGAAUACAGUCCGCUGGCGCACCUGCGAUCCUCGGCUCCAUCCGGCAUACCCAUGGCGAGUCGGCGCAGCCGACCCUUCCCUCUCCUCUUCCACCGACCUUCCGCAGCUUGUAUCGGCUAUUUUUGAGGGCCACCGCCGCCUCGGUCCUCGCACACCCCGACGCCACCUCACGCUUGAGAAAGUCCUGGCGCGCCGUCUUUGACCAUGCCGCGAACGCAGUGCGGCAGAUGGAAGAUGCUCGGCUGUCUGCUGAUCAGCGCGACAGUCUCACGCACUGGUAUGUGCAGUGGGAAAGCCGAAUGGACAACACCAUUUCGUUACUUCACAGCUCUGCCGUAUCUCGCGGCCUGCCUCACCAGGUGACCCGGAACCUCUCCCGGAUGAUGGACGCCAAUUGUACACUCCGUGACCCCUCGCUGCCAAACAAGAAACCCUGGCGCGGGCAGCUGUCCUCGGACGCGCCCGAGUACAAGCGCAAACGCGUUAAACCGACGUCCCCUACGCAAGAAGAGCAAAAGGCCCUCUUCCGGGCGUGUCCGCGCCUGCUAGGUGACAUUGUCGGGAUGGCGGAGGGCUGGGGCGGCCUCUCAUUGGGCAGAACGCAGCGGCGGUGCUGAGGAAAUCGCCCGAGGCGUGCAUUGCGCACGCAAUGCCGGAGAUGACAGUGCAUGCUCGGUGUGGGCGCCGUGGGUGCUGCUUGAUGCGGCCCCUUGCGGGUAACGGGAUUUGACGCGUCCCUGCUUUAUGCGACAUCAGCGCCAUCUCGACACGCUCCGGGAGCGGAUGGGCUGCGAUUCCCGAACGUAUCGCCGAAGUGUAUUUGCGCCGCCGUCUCGCGCUGUUCACACUCGUUUGGCAACAGCCACAGAAUGGAGCGGUCGAGAGGUUUGCGGGAGCGAGGAGUGCGGUGCUCCGGACUCCGGCAGGAUUUGGCGCACGACAUUCGAACGCCAGCCCUAGUAACCCUGUUGUAGACUGGAUUGCUUCUGGAACUCAAUCCACCCAUGCGUCUCC